CGGCCGCUGCUACGUACGUUAACGAUAUAAAGGACCUUAUACAUGUGUUGCAGUUUACAUUCAGUGCAUUAGUGUGUGCUCUUCUUUUUUAGUGUACGUGCUAUUUAUUGUUGAAGAUAUUCAACAUAUGAAAAAUGCCACCAUAUCAAGGUGCGGAUAACAUAACGCAAAUGAAGAGGAUGGUCAAUGACAAGGUGCAAUACACCAAAAGAAGGGAUUAUGAAUGGCAAAUAGUAUGGAGAAACGUCUUGGCUUUCAUUUAUUUGCACGUCGCCUCAUUGUACGGCAUUUACCUCAUACUGACCUUGAAAUCGAAGAUACUAACGUUAUUAUUCGCUUUGUUUUUCGGCGUGCUGUCAGCUAUGGGUGUGACGGCUGGCGCACACAGGCUGUGGGCCCACAACGCGUACAAAGCGCGAUGGCCUCUCAGACUGUUCCUGGCGGUCAUGCAAACCAUGGCCUUCCAGAAUCACAUUUAUGAAUGGGUGCGGGAUCACAGGGUUCAUCACAAGUUUACUGAGACAGACGCCGAUCCUCACAACGCGCGGCGCGGCUUCUUCUUCUCGCACAUAGGCUGGCUAAUGGUGCGGAAACACAAGGAUGUCUUCGAGAAGGGCGCCACUGUCGACAUGUCUGAUCUGGAGAAAGAUCCAAUUGUUAUGUUUCAAAAGAAAACUUAUCUGGUAGUGAUGCCGCUGCUUUGCUUCAUUCUGCCGGCGUGGGUGCCGGUGGCGCUGUGGGGCGAGAAUCCUUGGCACUCGUGGUACGUUGCCUCCAUGUUCCGGUACACGCUGUCGCUGCACUUCACCUGGCUCGUCAACUCCGCUGCGCACAUCUGGGGCAACCGCCCGUAUGACAAAUAUAUAGGCGCUACGGAUAAUAAAACAGUUGCUAUCUGCGCCUUCGGGGAAGGAUGGCACAACUACCAUCACGUGUUCCCGUGGGACUACAAGGCGGCGGAAUUGGGUCACUACAGUACAAAUUUUUCUACAGCCCUGAUUGACUGGGCGGCAAAAUACGGUUUAGCUUACGAUUUGAAGACCGUUUCAGCUGAUAUGAUCAGGAAAAGAGUAACAAGAACUGGCGACGGAUCACAUCCUUAUAGCAAAGAGACUAAGAAUAUCGAAGACGAACACCAUCAUCCAGAAAAUCCGGUGUGGGGCUGGGAAGACGCAGACAUGCCAGAAGAAGACAGAAAACUCGCAGAAAUUACUAACAAAAUGAAGGAAUGAUUGCAAUUAUGCUAGUAGCCAAUGUUUAGAUUUAACGGUGUACGUUUUGUAUU